UGCAGUUUAGACAACUUAAACUGAAGUGUGAAUUUUGGGCGGAGCUGACUGAAUAUCAAUUUAUGAAGAUAUAGGUGUUUUUUUCAUUAUCAUUAUUUUGUUGUUCGUUCUCAAAGUAAAAAGAAAAUGAAUCGGCAGCUGGAAAACAGCGCGUGCUUAAGUUUUACUAACAUUGAUUUCUCUGAUAACACUAUAAAUGUUUUAAGUGCUAAAAAUUACAAAAAUAUGGAAAUAGCAAAAGCUGGACGAUUUGGACUUUUUAGUAUAGACAAUAUACUAGGCACUUCUGAAACUUGUUCCAAAAAAAGUUGUCUAGCUGAGGAAAUCGCAACUACUACAUCUCAAACGGAACGUGUUAAAAAUAUACCAGAUGACUUCUAUCAAAGACAGGGAAAUGGAAAUGGCGAGUUGACAUUUGAAAAAUUGUCUCCAAAUAGACACAGAUUCCGUUAUACCAUUAAUAAUGUCAAUCACUCACCAUUAAAAUGGCAACCAAAGAACAUUUGUCCCUCUUACACGUCUAAUUUAAUUAACUUUCAAGAAAAACAAUUUAGGAAGCAGGUUACAGACCGAAAACCUCGUCAAGCCUACAAUGCCUUACAAUUGGAACGUCUGGAAAACGAGUUUAAAUUAGAUAAAUAUCUUAGUGUUGGUAAACGUGUUGAGCUUUCCAAUUCAUUAUGCUUAACUGAAGCUCAAAUAAAAACUUGGUUUCAAAAUCGUCGUACAAAAUGGAAGAAACAGUUGACAUCUAGGUUGAAAACAGCGCAAAGACAAGGACUAUGGCUUCCAACUCUACCAAUACCAACAAUUUAUCCACACGUAGAACUUGAAACCCAUUUGCGCGUUAUAAAAGCUGAACAAAAAAAAUAAACAACAAAGCCAUAUUAUA